AUGAUUCGAGUCGCUGACGAGGAGUACCCGGCAAUGACAUUUCCUCGUUAUUCAGAGAAGCCAUUGCACGAGCAACUCGAGCCAAUCGCCGUGGUUGGAAUGGCAUGUCGACUGCCUGGCGAGGUUGGAUCUGCGGGUGACUUUUGGGAUCUGAUGAUGAAAAAGAGAACCGGCCAUACCCCGCGAGUGCCCUCAUCCAGGUUCAACAUUGAUGCCCACUACCACAAGAACAACAGUCGUCCAGGUAGUUUCAAUGUCUUGGGCGGCUACUUCCUUGAGGAAGAUCUCACAGGCUUUGACCCGGCUUUCUUCGGCAUCACCCCUAUCGAGGCUAGGUGGAUGGAUCCUCAACAGCGCAAAUUACUGGAGGUUGUCUAUGAAGCUCUCGAGGCUGGUGGCAUCACGCUUGAGGCCAUCUCAGGAACUCGUACUGGAGUAUACGCAGCCAGCUUUACCGCAGACUGGCAGCAGAUGGCCUUUCGUGAGCCCUCCUUUCGGCACAGCGUCGCCGCAACGGCCGUCGAUCCUGGCAUGAUCAGCAACCGCAUCAGCCACGUCUUCAAUCUGAAAGGGCCUAGCAUGAUGUGUAACACUGCCUGUUCUUCGUCGCUGUAUGCUCUGCAUAAUGCUUGCAACGCGCUCCGCAAUGGCGAAUGCGAGGCGGCCAUUGUCGGCGGGACGAACAUGAUCAUCGCAGCAGAUCAGCACAUGAACACCGCAAAGAUCGGCGUGCUGUCUGCCACAUCGACUUGCCACACUUUUGACGACAGCGCUGACGGCUACGGACGCGCUGAGGCUGUCGGUGCGGUGUACAUCAAACGGUUGAGCGAUGCCAUUCGUGAUGGUGAUCCCAUCAGGGGCGUCAUCAGGAGCAGCGCCGUCAAUGCUAAUGGUCGAACAACUGCUGUGAGCAUCAGUCAGCCUAGCUGUGAGGGUCAGGCUGCAGUGAUGAUGGAAGCCUAUCAGCGAGGGGGCAAUCUCGAUGCCCGUCUGACAGGCUAUGUCGAGUGUCACGGGACCGGCACACCAGUUGGCGACCCUCUCGAAGCGGAGGCGAUAUCUGUAGCGCUGAACACGAACCGGAACACAUGCGAUGAGCCCCUGCUGAUCGGAUCCGUCAAGCCCAAUGUCGGCCACAGUGGGGCUGCUAGCGGUCUCUCCUCUUUGAUCAAGGCUGUCUUGGCUGUUGAACGCGGUAUCAUUCCGCCAACUUAUGGCGUGGCCAAGCCAAGCAAGGCCAUCAAGUGGAACGAGUGGCAAGUGCGAGUACCGACAGAAUCUCUGCCAUUCCCUGCUCAUCUUCCUGUCCGGCGGAUUUCGGUCAACGCUUCGGGAUAUGGUGGGACCAAUGCCCAUGUUAUUAUUGAAGGCGCCGACUCCAUCGUCCCUCAGCUGGGCGGUACAGAGAAGUGUUCUCGGCAAGUUAUCGACCAUGACCGCCCAUUUCUGUUGCCCUUUUCAGCACAUAAUACGGCGACCUUGCAGCGCAACAUUGCGGCUCACGCCAAACCUUUUGAUCUCUCGCAUACGCUCACUACGAGGCGGACCAACCUAGGAAGUAACGCGUAUCUAGUAGCUAGCCAGCGGACCCUAUGUGCGAUUCUCAGCUCAGAUUCUACGACUGCUACAGAGUCGUUUGUAUCCGGCGGUACAAAUCAGCCGUGCAGGAAAGUGGGCUUUGUGUUCACAGGUCAGGGAGCACAGUGGCCACGAAUAGGUGCUGAACUUAUCAAGUACAGCUCUGUGUUUGCUCGCUCGAUUCAAGCGCUGGACAACGUACUUCAAGGCCUGCGGGACAGGCCCAGCUGGAAGCUCGAGGAAUUAUUACUCGAAGAAGCUUCCACUUCGCCUAUCGCUUCAGCAGAGUUCGCUCAACCCCUUACGACCGCUGUACAAGUCGCGCUGGUCCAACUCCUAGAUGAUUGGGGCGUGCACCCCGCGGUCACUGUAGGACACUCUUCUGGGGAGAUCGCGGCAGCUUAUACCGCCGGGCUCCUCACGGCCAGAGAGGCCAUCACGGCUGCCUUCUAUCGCGGUCAAGUCGCCCGGGGUGUUCGCGCUAACGGCGCAAUGCUGGCGGUGGGCAUAGGCGCCGAGACCUUGAAGGAGCAAUACCUCAGCAGUCCCCAGAUGAUGGAGGUCGAAGUAGCAUGCUACAAUUCCCCGACCAGCGUAACUCUCAGCGGUGAUGUGGACGCUAUCCAAGCCGUAAAGGGUCGGCUAGACGCCGACGGAGUCUUCACCCGUAUGGUCAGCACUGGUGGCAAGGCUUAUCACUCACGUCACAUGGCCGAUGUGGCUAGCAAGUACGAGGAACUCAUCAGCCAAGCUAGAGCUGACUGGGCUCAUGCAUCGACCGCUGAUAAGGCGGGGUGGAUGAACUUCCAACGAGGAAGUGGCGUGGCUAUGAUAUCGUCCGUCACGAGCAGCCUGUUAGCCAAGGACACUGUUCUUGACGGGACAUACUGGAGCAAGAAUCUGCAAAGUCCGGUUCGCUUCGACCAGGCCAUCCAGAAGUUGUUAACAACUGCGAAAUAUUCGGACGUCGACUUAAUGUUGGAGAUCGGGCCUCACUCGGCCUUGUCCGGUUUCAUCAGACAGAUCCAAACUCACGUGGGUUACAAAAAAGCUGAUUAUCUCCCGACAUUACUACGGAACGAAAACGGUGCUGUCAGGCUGCUCCAGGUAGCUGGCGAGCUCAUUCUGCGCAACUACAAUACGCUAAACAGAGCCAAAAUCGGUCGAACCGUUGUCGAUCUCCCGCUAUACCAGUGGAACUACGAACGAAUUUUGUGGGCCGAGAGCCACCUGAGUCGCGAGCACCGGCAACCUGCUUUCCCUCGUCAUGAUCUUCUUGGCCAGCAAAUUGUCGGUUCAUCCCCAUUGGAGCCAACGUGGCGCAAUUUGCUGCGGCUCCAAGACCUCCCCUGGCUCAGGCAUCAUCGCCUAGGGGACGGCUACAUCUUGCGUGAUGUGAAAAUCCAUACCGCCCUUGCGGUCCCAGAAGCGGAAGACGGUGUUGAGGUGCGACUCAGCCUGUGGCCAGCGGCGGGCAGGACCGACAAUGGCUUUUUCGAAUUCAGUAUGUCGAUUCGCCUUGUCACAAGAACAGGCAGUGACGAUAGAAGCUUUAGAAAACAGCCUCGACGAAUCCCGGAUUUCCCGCAGCGAGCGAGCGGCCGAGCGUGGAACAAGGCGCUCCGCGAAGUCGGAUUUGACUACGGCCCGACAUUUCAGGACAUGGACAACAUCCGCUUCGAUGGUCAGCAACAUGCUGCUCGCUGCACGACUUCAAUCAAGCGAUGCGUGGAUAGAGAGCUUGGAGAGUCCCGCUACGCCUUGCACCCCGCGUGUGUCGACUCCAUUCUGCAGUUAUGCAUAGCAGCCAUUCAUGCUGGCCGAACCCGCGCGAUGACUUCCGGAGUUGUGCUAACAUACUUUGAAGAAAUAGCUCUCUAUCCUCCCACAGAAUCUCAACUAGAAGCUGGGACUAGUUGUGGAUAUGCGUGGACCACAGAGCGAGGAGCGCGAUCGUUCAAAAUGACCGCCUCCGAUGGACAACUUGUCCUGGAUAUCGUCAAUGCAGGGACGACAAGGUACGAAGCCGCUCUGCCGCAAAAGGACAGCUCAGUUGACCCGCUGAACGGGAUUACACAGCCGUAUGGCGCAGUAACGUGGAAUCUUGACCUCGACGCCCUGCUCGAAAGCCUGUCGGACGACCACGGGGACCAAAAGGGCGCGCGUCUUCUCAGUUCGACCGUUGACCUAGCAGAGUUGGCACUGUUCAAGGAUCCAGGCUGUCAUAUUGUCGAAGUUGGUUUCCGGUUUGCACGUCACACUCUGGAGAGACAUCCGCUCACCAAUUACACUGUAAUCGUAGACGAAGAGGUUAAGUCUGAAGCUGUACAAGCUCUCGACGGAUUUCGUUUCGCCAACGUACAAGUCGUAGAGAACGGUAUCCCGGCAUCGCUGAUGGACAAUCUUAGUAGUCCGGGGGUCAUCGCUACGGCCGUAACAGAAGAGGCACGGCCGUCUGGGUUUGAUGUCAUUCAUCUUAAAGACCAGACGAUCUACCACAUCAAAGCCUCGCACGCUUCAGGUCUCACCGCGCUACAGUCCAAAACCGUCCUCCUCGUAUAUCGGAGCAUUAUCCCCCGAGUUUUCAGACUGACCCAACAUGUCCUCCGUGAACAAGGCUUCGUGGUUGAGACGUGCAAGCUUCUGGCAGCCCCUAGGGUCCUGCAUUCUAAAGGCAUGGGGCAGGUCAUCUUACUCGCCGACCUCGAAGGCACAUCCUUGCUUCACACCAUGGUAGAGGCAGAAUUUGCUGCUGUACAGAAAAUCGUCACACUUAGUUCGUCUCUGCUCUGGGUCUCUGCAGGUGGCGCGAUUGUGGCUUGCAAGCCGGAGUUUGCUCUCGUCCAGGGACUUGCCCGGUGCGCUAGGGCAGAGCUAUGUUCUCUCGACUUCGAAACGCUGGACCUACAUCCUGAUCUCAGCGACGAAGUCAUGGAGUUUGCUGUUCACGACGACGGUAGGAUGUACAUCAGUCGUCUCAUCGGCAACAAGCAUCUGAACAAAGCCUAUGCCAGCGUACCAGAGCCCGAGACUACGCUUCUGGCAAUCGAAGACCGCAGGUUAAGUGACCAUAUGGAAGUCCACGUACAUAUCAGCGGUCUCUUAAGGGUAGGAGUCCUAGCCAUCAACGGGUCUACUUAUGCUAACGAGUUCAGUUAUGAAAUGGGCGGCGUCGUCGUCGGAGUUGGUUCUGAUGUGGAGGGUUUGAGGCCAGGUGAUACAGUCGUUGGGUUCAGCGCCGCUAAAUUCUCAACAUUUCAGCAGACACGUGCGAGUCUCGUCCAUAAGGUUGAAAACGGACUCGUGGCAUCUCUACUGCCGUUCGCUAAUGCCAUCUAUGGCCUCGAAGAGCUAGGCCGCAUCAGGCCCGGAGACGUCGUCCUGAUUCUGGACAACACCGGGCCGAGUAGUGCUGCUGCAGUCCGUGUAGCCCUCCAGCACGGUGCCCGCCCAAUAGUCCUACAGAGCCUUGACACCGAAGACAUACCUGCAGACAUUGCUGUACGGGAUCCUAGAUGUAUCAUCAAGUACCAUGCAUCCGAACAGCUCGAGAGCGUCUUUCAGCGCCUCACGGAGCUUACUAGCGGCCACGGCGCAGAUAUCGUCUUCAGCGGUAGCAGCAGUGUUAACACGGGCAUGGCAGCCGAGGCAUGGCGGCAGAUUGCACCCUCCGGCCGCUUCAUCGACCCUGGAACAAAGGAUAUUUCGACGCACGCUGGCCUCGACACAGCGCCGUUCAGCCGUGGCGCGAUUUACGCCGCCUUUGACUUGAUUGAGUUGUACCAUGCGCGGAAAGAGAUCAUCGCGAGCUUGUUGCCUCGAGUGAUCGUAUCAGCCAACCGCAGCAUGAGCGAAAUCUCACAUAACAAGGGACUCCCCUUCCCGAUUAGCCUGGUUGAUGUCGCAGACAUCAACCAGGCUGUGGCCUCGCACUCGGAAAGCCACGGUAUACCGAAGACUGUUAAGCCGCUGCAGAUCAUCCUAUGUGCUACUCGCCCUCGCGUAUCUUUCAGCCAGGAGGCCUCCUACCUGCUUGUUGGCUGUCUCGGCGGACUGGGACGCAGCCUCACUACGUGGAUGAUGCAGCGGGGCGCUCGACGGUUUGUCUUUCUCUCUCGAACGGGAGCACGCAGCCCUGCUGCUGGGAGGCUUAUUCGAGAUAUUGAAGCCUCGGGGUCAUCUGCGACUAUAGUUCGAGGAGAUGUGACGGUCUACGCAGACGUUGAGGCUGCAGUGAAUCUCGUCCCUUCUGAACAUCCGAUUCGUGGUGUCAUCCAUACUGCAAUGGUGCUAAGAGAUAACCUGUUCCAAUCAAUGACUUUCACAGAUUGGCAGACUGCAGUGGCGCCCAAGAUAGAUGGCGUCUUGAAUCUGCAGUCCGUACUUUCCAAGGCCCCGAACUCUGCGCAGCUUGACUUUUUUCUCAUGACGAGCUCAAUAUCUGGUCUCUUGGGCAUGCCAGGACAGAGCAACUACGCUGCUGCUAACGGCUUCCUUGAUGCCCUAGCCAGGCGCGGAUCGCACGAAGCUAUUGACCGCACUCACGAUAAACAGAGGCCAAGAGCAGCACGAGCGCCCGUCUCGAUCAUCCUGCCUAUGGUUCUCGGUAUCGGUGUGGUAGCCGAGAACACGAAGCUUGAGCAAUUGCUGACGCGCACGGGGGUGUAUGGUAUUGAUGAGGAGCAGCUUCUCGAGGCGUUCGAGGUCGCACUGAGCUCUGGAGCUAACCAAAUAAUCCCUGGGCUCGAUCCCGCCAGACUCCGUCACUGUCUCGACGAAGUGGGCGAGGAUGUAUUCUGGCAGUAUGAUGCCCGCUUCAGUAGCAUCAUGCACACUAUCCACUGUGCACAUGCUCUGGGUGCUGGCUCCAAAGCGCUGGCAGACAGUCAUUCUAGGCUGACCAUACUCGAGACCAUCCGUGGGGCGCAGUCGCUUUUAGAAUCUGUGCUGACUGUCAAGGAACACUUCGCCGCCAAACUGUCACGUUUGCUCGAGCUAGACGUGCGAGUUAUCGACACUCAAACUUUAUAUGGUUUGGACAGCAUGAUCGGCGCGGAGCUGCGCAAGUAG